CACGUUUGCAGCCUGUUAUUGGUGGAACAGCAAAACCUCAAACUCCACCCAGGUGAUAAAAGGACGUUCAGCAGUCAGAGCAGAGCAGACGCAGGUGGCACUUACAGAGAGAGGACGCUGCCUUUUGGACCAACGCUGUUUCAUCACAGCAUUUAAUUAAAGCUAAUUUAAUUAAGCUCAACCGCCCCAGAAAUGACGCCACCAAGAGCCUCAUUCAGGCGAGGACCCAACGUGCAGGGGAGAGGAAACCAUGCAAACCUCCAGCCAUCGAGACGCAAUCUAAUCAGGCAGGGACGAGUCAGGCGAGGACCCAACGUGCAGGGGAGAGGAAACCAUGCAAACCUCCAGCCACCGAGACGCAAUCUAAUCUGGCAGGGACGAGUAGGGAUCCGGGAAAUACUAACGCCGAAAAGACAAAUGCUGAAGAUGAUUGUAUCAACUCUGCAGCCCUUGGAAUUGGCAGAAGAUGACAACUUUCUGGAUUUCGUCAAAGCACUAAACCCCUCUCAUCAAAUUCCUACCAAAUCUGAGAUACGCUCAGACUUUCUCAACAUCUACAAGGAAAACGAAAACAAGCUGCGAUCGAUCUUGGCCUCUGCUGAUGAAAUUGUGCUGACAUGUGAGUUGUGGUAUUUAAGACCUGAAGACUCCUAUCUGACGGUGGGUUGCCAUUUUGUGGACAUCCACGGGAAUCUCAUGUCCUACAUGCUCAAAACUACCAGCCUCUUCGGAGACGAAUCUGCAGCCAACAUUAAAAAUCAGCUCUCGGCUGUCAUGGAGGCUUGGUGUGUGAAAGAAAAGGUCCACAGUGUCGUCAGAGCUGGUAUGCCACAACUGAAAAAAGUUCAAACUAAAUGGACAGACAUGCCUUGUUUUGCUGACACCUUGAAUGUGGUAUUUAAGGAUCUGAUGAGUAACGAUGCGCUGUUGAAUGUUCUCAGAAAGUGUCAGAACAUCGUCAGGUUCUUUAAGUACAAUUCUGAAGCUGAGAGGAAGCUCAGAGCGAUUCAAAACCAGCUGAAUAUGGAACAAGACGAGCUGAUCAUGUACUCCGGGGACCGAUGGCUCCCUUGGCUGCACAUGCUCCGACGACUGAUGCAACAGUACCAGGCCAUGGUGAUGGUGUUCGAUGAGAGAGGCAAGACAGAUUUGAUUCUAAAUGAAAACGAUAAGGAGAAAAUCAAGAAGAUCAUAUCGGCUCUGGAACCUCUGAGGAAAGCCACGUCCAUGAUGAAAGGAGAAGGAUUCCAGACCAUUUCAGCCAUGCUGCCAGUGCUGAAGAGUCUCAUGGACAAUCUCAGAGAAGAAGAAAAGAGAAAGAAUGAUGUUGCCCGGACAUUACUGUCAAAAUGUAAAGAGGAAUUUGGUAACGUCAACAACCACCCGUUGGCUCUCAAUACAUUCCUCGACCCAAGAUUCAAAAACCAGCUGGGAGACCAAAACAAAAAACGAGCGAUGGAUAAAAUAAAGCGGGAGCUCACUCCAGGCCCAGCCUCCUCCUCUCCUACUAAACUGAAAGACCUACUGGAAAGAUACAUGGCCUACGAACCUACUGCAGAGACGUCAAACCCUUUGGCCUGGUGGAGGCACACAGGAAAGAAGAAUUUUGGUGAAUUAAGCAAGCUUGCCCUGAAGAAACUUGGGGUUGUGUCCACUGCCGUGCCCUUAGAGAGAGCUUUCUCCAGUGCAGGUGAUCGGUUCUGCAACCUCAGGAGCGCCAUCGAGCCAGAAAACCUCAACAUGAUCCUGUUCCUCAACAGCAACUGGUCCACAAAGUAUUAGAUACAAAUCUAUUGUUCUCUUUGAGAAGAUAAAGACACACACUUUUUUUUUUUUUUUUUUUACAAAUAAGCUUUAAUUAACUAAGAAAAUACAUAUUAAAACCAGAGACCAAAGCUCCACACUCCUCUGAAUUAGUUGUAAAAGUAAAUGUUUAGAUGUAAGGUGGAUCCGGAUGGAUUUUGGAUCAGAUGUGAAGGAGCGUCCGAGCUCCUUCUGGAUGCCUGUGCUCCUCACUCACACCAAGGUGAGCCCUGUCAGACGCUGGUUUUUGAAAUCUCAUUCUUUCGGUCGCUACCCAAAGCUCAGGGCCAUGUAGGUGAGGGUUGGACAAAGACCAGCACUAUCUGAACAGCUGAACAAUCACCGUGUAAAGAGGCUGUGGUUGUCAGAUGGUCUGGAAGCAGUUUUCAGAUGCUGUAAGACAAUCUGACAAGCACUUUGCCUGAAGCGGACUGAAACCUUUAAACAAAUCCAUUUUUAAUCUUAAGCUUCAACCCAACCUUCCGGUUUGACAAGUGCGUCUGUGCUGCUGGCAGCCAUCAUUUUUGCAAUCGUUUUUUGACUGAAUUUGGGGCAAAGAAGUCCCGCGGCUAAUCGUCCUUUGGUUCACACACCUGAUGUCCUAAAUGCACUCUGAUUGGUUCUGCCAGAUUCCCUUUGUGAUUGGUCUGAUGUCCACUUCCUCUCAUAAUAGACACCUGAUCUUCAGAAGUAACUUUUGAGUUUUGUGCAUUUUAUUCUUUGAAUUGGAUAAACGUAUGUUGUUUUUAUUCGUUGUUUAGUUGUUUUUUCAGUUUUUUAUACGAGUGGUUUGGUUUCCUCGUUGAGUUCAUCUCGGAGCCGAGACAGAGAGCUCCCCCCUGUUCUUUUUUAUGUCAUAAUUUAACUGUUUAAAGAUACUUAAAUGUACUUUAAGAACAUUUUCCUGAUUACACUUAAGUACUUUUAGUUUUUACAGAACAGGGAGUGUAACUUGAAUAUUUUAAGUAGGUUUUACUUUGUAAAAGCCAAACAUUUCAGCCUGACGAAGACGCCGUGCUGAUGGCCGAUUUGAACCUGCAGCCAGGUGAGGUGACCCGGUGAGCCGUCCCAGGUGAGCCGUCCCAGGAGAGCCAUCCCAGGUGGGACUGGUCGUCAGGCGGCAGGAGAGAGCAGACAUUUUUCAGUCUUCUGCAGGCACAGAGUCCUGGUUUUGUGGUGUUUCAGCGGAUCUUUGAAUCAUCCAGAAAACGUUUUAAUAUAUUGUUGAUGUAUUUUAUUUUCCUAAUUGUUAGAGACUGUUACAUUGUUUCAAUGUAUAACUGAAAGUUUUUAAACGGUUGUAAUAAAUACUCAUCUCUGUCA